AUGAACAGAAUUAUGCGAGAUGAUAUAUUCAUAAUUGAUAUCUAAUUAUAAUGUAGAAUAUGUAUUAAAGAUAUUGGAUUAUAAUUACUAUAAGAAAUAGAAGCUUCUUUGUUGGAUUGCAAUUAUCAUUAUUAUGAUUAAAAAAAAGGAAUGCUACAGUUGCUGUUUGUCAUAGAGAAACAUAAAAUUUAGAUUAACAUAUAAAUAUGCAGAUAUUGUCAUAAGUGCAUAAGUGCAGAUGAAUAUCUUAAACUAAUUAGUAAAAUUUUAAAUAAGGAGCUAUAGUAAUUAAUUUUGGAAUCUUAUAAGGUGAAAAGAAUGCUUGGAUUUUUAUGUUAAUUUUACUGUUGUCAAUAAUAGUCAUCAAUUAUUACUCCUGUUUCUGGAGAAGUUGAACCAAUGACAGUAUGUACAUUUAUGAGAAAUAUAUAUAAUAUUUAGAAGAAGAUUUAAAAUAGCCAAUUUACAUUAAUCCUGGGUUGA